GUCGGUGAAGAAGUCGGUGCACCGCUUGUUUGCUUGUUUGCCCCUCUUAACUACCCCCCACACCCCCACCCUCUCUCUCGGAUACACCCGACAUUAUCACAACCACGUGGAGAGGUGGAGCAUUAUGGCGACUUUGGGACCGGAGUCUGCCCGAGCUCCUCUCUCCCAGCUCGGUUCCUCCCCGUCGGUCGGCGGGGCCAACCUGCCUCCGAACCGGGGCUUGGAGCGGGCGCUGGAGGAGGCUGCGGCCAGCGGAGUCCUCAACCUCAGCUCCCGGAAACUAAAGGAGUACCCCCGGACCGCUGCGAACCACGACCUGACGGACACGGUGCACGCAGACCUCUCAAAGAACAGACUGGCCGACGUCCCCUUAGAGGUCUGCCACCUGGUCGCCCUGGAGACAUUGAACCUGUAUCACAACUGCAUCAGGACCAUCCCAGACAGCAUCAUCGGCCUGCAGUCACUCACCUCCUUAAAUCUCAGUCGUAACCAGCUGGGUUCUCUGCCGGCCUGUCUGUGUGGUUUACCUCUGAGAGUCCUCAACGCCAGCAACAACAAGCUGGUCAGCCUGCCGGAGACCAUCGGACAGCUGCACUGCCUCAUGGAGCUGGACAUCAGCUGUAAUGAGAUCACGGCUCUUCCUCGACACAUCGGCCGACUCAAAGCUUUACGGGAACUAAACGUUCGCCGAAAUCUUCUCUGCGUCCUGCCAGAAGACUUGGCUGCCCUUCCUCUGGUGAAGUUUGACUUCUCCUGUAACAAGGUGUCGACCAUCCCGGUGUGUUACAGGAAGAUGAAACAGCUCCAGUCGCUCCAGUUAGAAAACAACCCCCUGCAGAGUCCACCUGCACAGAUCUGCAUAAAGGGUAAAGUUCACAUAUUCAAGUAUCUGAGCAUCGAGGCGUGUCGCAGUGAGAAGAUGCCCGACUCCCUCUACCUGCCUGUCAUAGAGCGACUCAGCCUAUCACGGCCCACCACCGGCAGUGUGGAGGACAUGGAGCAGCAGAAGAAGCAGGACAGCGACUCAGGAGUCGGCAGCGACAACGGAGACAAGAGACUGUCUGCAACCGAGCCGUCAGAUGAAGACAGUCUGAGUCUCAACAUACCGAUGAGCCACAUCACAGAGGAGGAGGGAAUCAGUAAAGACGACUCCAGUGAACACAUAAGCUCCCUGACAGCAGACCCAAACUCCGACUCAGUCCGUCUGAUUGAGGAGAGCCCUACGGAAGCCCUGAAGGACCAGUUCAACUACAGAGACUCUGCUCUCAGCACUCGCUUCGUCAACUACAUCAAGGGUCGGACAGCGGCAGACUUCGACGAGCCCCUCAGGAUAGAGGAAGACUCACACUGGCCAACACAACAAAUGUCAAAGGUCACAGGGGGCACAGAGCUCCACAUUGACAUGAUCAACCAGCUAAAGGAGGCUGUGGAGCUGCUGCAGGACCCCAGCAGAGUGAACACAGAGCAGGACGAUCUGUCUGGAGUUCAGCUCUACCCGGUUGAGUUGGUCACAGUGGAAGAGUCACUCAAUGGGCAGGACAGCGAUGACGGCAUCACCACACCGAAGCGACAUGAAAGAUCUCCAGCCUGCGGACCUCCAUCCUUCUCUAGUCCGGUGUUUGGACUCAAGCCCCGUUCAGCUCCGCCCUCGCUGCCCUGCUCGCCCCCUCCUUCCUGUCUCGCCCCUUCCCCCCUCUCACAGGCCUCGCCCUACCAUAGAGACACGCCUCGUAGCCAUGAUGACGGAGGCAUGCACAGCCGCGUGUUCCUGCGGAGCCACAAGAGUCUGGAGUCUGUGGAUCCUCAGUUCACCAUUAGGAGAAAGAUGGAGCAGCUGCGAGAGGAGCUGGAGCUCACAGAGCUGCUGCGAGAAAGCAUCGAGAGCAGACUGAAGGUCGUCCUCCCUGAAGACCUCGGGUCGUCUCUGAUGGACGGCGUCGUGCUCUGCCAUCUGGCCAAUCACAUUCGCCCGCGCUCCGUCGGCAGCAUCCACGUCCCCUCGCCUGCAGUGCCCAAACUCAGCAUGGCCAAGUGUCGGAGAAAUGUGGAGAACUUCCUGGACGCCUGCAGAAAGAUUGGUCUGUCAGAGGACAAACUGUGUCUCCCUCACCACAUCCUGGAGGAGAAAGGCCUGGUGAAGCUGGGCAUCACGGUGCAGGCUCUGGUGGACGAGGGGUCCCCCAAACACACCCUCCUGACGUGAGCGGCAGAGACGGGUGGAGCUUCCCCUGACUGACACGUACAGCAAACACACACCUGGAUCAUAAAAAAACAAACGCUGACUUGACCUCACUUUAAGCUGCAGCACGCCUCUGUGAUCAUUCUGCAUCCUUCUCAGUAACAGAGUGCUUUUAUUAGAUUCAAGGAUGCAAAAUGGUGUUAAGGGAACUAAAGAUUUAUUUGCUAAUUUAUGCGAGGGAACUUCUGGGUGGAGUCGGUUUGAUGCCACACGGAUAGACAAGUGGGAGAGCCAGAAUUUGACUGGUUCCAGUUGAUUUCUUACCCUUAAAUGAUUAGUUUUUUUAUUAGCGUCAGGGGAGAUGUGAGUUGAGAUAAACAUAAGAGACACGAAAUGUCAACUGAAGGGCAUAAAUACAACUCUAGGACAAAAAAAAAAAAAAAAGGAAGAAAAAUAAUUUAUUUUAUCUUCUUUAAAAAUUCUUACACUGGUUGUACCAAAAAAAGUAUUAGGGCCACAUUGACAUGACAUGUAUUGCUUU